UUCUCGUCCCCUUUUGGUUCCUUCUUCUUCUUCUUCUCCGACAACGGCGCCCGGCGGCGGCGAUCGCACUGCCCUGGUCGGUCGUCCUGCGCUUCCUCGUUCACAGAUCCCCGGCUCCCGCCACCGCCACCGCUCGCUGGCCUCUGGAAUGGAGGGGGAGGGGGAUCGGGCGGCGGCGCAGUACAAGUUCGGGCCGUACAUGAUCGAGGCCGGGGGGGUCUUCCACGCCACGGCGCUCUCCUACGCCAUGGUCAACCUCCGCCCCGUCCUCCCUGGUCAUGUCCUUGUGUGCCCAAAGCGUGAAGUGAAACGAUUUGCAGACCUAAGUUCUGAUGAGACUUGUGAUAUAUGGUUAACUGCAAAGGAAGUUGGUGCGCAACUCGAGCAGUACCACAAAGCUUCUUCCCUCACAUUCACGAUUCAGGAUGGUCCUGAAUCUGGCCAAACGGUUCCUCAUGUUCACAUCCACAUCCUCCCGAGGAAGAAAGGAGAUUUCGAGAACAACGAUGAAAUAUACAAUGCAAUCGAUGCAAAAGAGAAAGAAAUGAAGGAGAAGCUUGACCUGGACAUCGAGAGAAAAGAUAGAAGCAUGGAAGAAAUGGCUCAUGAGGCCACCGAGUACCGCGGUCUUUUCUCCUAGAUAGAUGCAUUCUCUAAAAUGAACUGUAAUUUCAACCUGCUGCUUUCCCAGAAAAAAAGCCUUGUAAAAUUGCUUGCCUUGCAUGGUACCUAUGGAGCUAUUGGUUUCUAUGGGCCUGGUGGUGUGCAUUAGUAUACUUGGGAUUUGGAAGAGUUGUUGUUUGUUGGAAGAACACAUCGUGCUGUUUAUUUAUCCUUGUAUAUAUAUUCCAUGCCGGUUGGAAAUAUC